GGAAGUGGUUAUUGAAAACCGAAGAAAAAGGUAGGCGAUAAACAGGCUGAAACCGCAAACUGCGUUGGUGACUGGUAAAACAGAAUUUGUGACGGGUAAUAUAUUAUAGCAUUAACUUUUCGACUGACAGUUUGUAGGUUCUUAAGACGUAGCUAAACACGAUUAGCUACUUUUGGAGGCGAGAAGAAAGGCAUACAAUGCCGUGGGAGCGCAUUUUCUCAUCUUCGCCUCGCCUUGUUCUUCCUCAUUUACCGACUGCGUGAGGACGGACUCAAAACAAUAAACUACUGUAUCGACAACUGUCAAUAACUGUAGCUAGCAAGCUAGCUAUAACCUGAACACGUGCUAAUUUACAAUGGCGGAUAGCGUAGGAGAGGUUGCUAAUGGUGAAAUUGGGUUAGGUGUUGGUAGUCUGGGAAAUGGAGCUCCGCUGUUACCGAGUUUGGGUAAUUCUCUGCCGGGCCACUCGACGAGUGGAGCUAACCCGGCCUCACCACCCCCAGCAGCGGCUGCUGAGACUGGCCUAGCCGUCAUGGCCCUUGGAGCCACAACUACCUCAACCGUGGUGACUGGGAGCGGGUUUGGAGGUGCAGGUGUUCUUAGCGCAGUAGUGGGCUCUGCCAUUCCAGUACCCCCCUACUCGGCCACCAAUGCUCUGCCGGGUGGUAUCGGUUUGGGGGUGGCCGGAGCGGGCCUCUUGUCCCAGAUUCACGCAACGUCCUGGGACCCAACACUAAGUACCGACUGGGACAACGAGAAGACGUCCCAACAAUGCAUUCUCCGAAUCAAAAGGGAUAUAAUGUCCAUCUAUAAGGAGCCUCCCCCGGGUAUGUUUGUAGUUCCUGACCCUCACGACAUGACUAAGAUCCAUGCCCUCAUCACAGGACCCUUCGACACGCCCUACGAGGGAGGCUUCUUCCUCUUUCUGUUCCGCUGCCCCCCGGACUACCCCAUCCAUCCCCCACGGGUCAAGCUCAUCACCACCGGCCAAAACACUGUGCGCUUCAACCCYAACUUUUACCGUAACGGCAAAGUAUGCCUCAGCAUCCUCGGGACUUGGACAGGGCCAGCGUGGAGCCCAGCCCAGAGCAUCUCCUCAGUUCUGAUCUCCAUCCAGUCUCUGAUGACUGAGAACCCCUACCACAAUGAGCCAGGCUUUGAACAGGAGAGACACCCGGGGGACAGCAAGAACUACAACGAGUGCAUCCGCCAUGAGACCAUGCGCGUGGCUGUAUGUGACAUGCUGGAUGGGAAGGUGCCCUGUCCAGAAGCCCUGUGGAGUGUGAUGGAGAAAUCAUUCCUGGAGUACUAUGACUUCUACGAGGGGGUAUGCAAAGAGAGACUACACCAACAGGGACAGAACAUGCAGGACCCUUUUGGGGAGAAGAGGGGUCGCUUCGAUUACCAGGGCCUACUGGCACGCCUGAGUGCCACCCAGAGGCGCAUACGGGAGAAGUGCCCACCGGAGGACAACGAUGACCACUCGGACUCGGACACCAGCUCCUCAGGCACGGACCCAGAUAGCCAGGGCAGCUCCCAGCCUUAGCCACAAGAUGGCGCCACACUACCUAUUUUUCUGUUUCUCCCUUUCUGUUUUUGCAGGAUGGUUUUGGCACAAGUGAGAUGUUGGAGGGGGAAAGGCUUGAUAUCAGGAAGCACUGAUGAUACAAAGGCAGGGGAUAGCUAAUGUCUGUUUUGAUUGGUUCUUUUUCCUUCCCCUGCAGUCAUUGCAGGACUUCGAUUAAUUUUUUAUUUUAUUUUUCAACUGUUGUAAGGAAACAAUGCUAGUGUUGGGGGAGUUUGGCUUGUAGAAAUGGACACUAGUUGUUUUGAAAGCAAUUUGUUAUAGACUCUGCCUUUUGUCUUUGUUUUCCCACGCCUGAUUGGAUUAGGAAGUAGAGGUGAAAUCUGAGAUUGCCCAUUCUCAAUAUUCAGUCAGUACAACCACAUCGAUCGUCUUAAUCAGAUCAUCAACUUCUAUUCUAUCAUACAUCGGUACAUACACCUCAGACUAUCCACUUCUAAAGUCCCAUUGUCUCUUAUGAUCUUUCUUUAAUCUGAACAGUACUUAAUACAAUUAUGAACCGAGUCAUAAUUACAUUAUGAAUUCAUAAUGAAUUGCAUUUGUUUCAACC